ACUUCCAAAGUGCUGAGAAGUUUGUGAAGGCAGAGUUUCUUGAUGAGAAAAAUGAUGAUUUACUUAAAACCUCUUUUCAUUUUGGCCACAAUGCGAUGGUUUGUUCAGGGUGAAACGGAGGCAGUGCGACAGGGAAAAAUGUCGGGUGUGCAUUGCACUUUUAAAGAGAAGAUGUAUAGGCCAGGAGAUAGCUGGCAUCCCUAUCUGGAGCCCUUUGGAUUCAUCUCCUGCAUGCGCUGUACUUGCACCGAAUCUGGCCAUGUGAAAUGCAGCAGCAUCAAGUGUCCUGUUCUGCGCUGUGAAAAUCCAGUGACAAGUUCACAGCAAUGCUGCCCUCGAUGUGCAGAUGAGCACAGGACUCCUGCUGGUCUUCGGGCACCAAUUAAAACCUGUAGGCAUAAUGGAACUAUAUAUCAGACGGGGGAAACAUUUACCAAUCAUGAGCUAAUCCCAUCUCGCCUGUCCAACCAGUGUGUCAUGUGCACUUGUACUAAUGGAAAUAUAUUCUGUGGAUUGAAAACCUGUCAGCCCAUUACAUGCUCGUCUCCAGUUUCUGUUCCAGAUACAUGCUGCUUGGUUUGCAAAGAGGGUGCUAUUAAUUCUGCAUCUUUUUGGGAUGGAGGACAUCAACUGAACAGAGGAGUUAGGCAUUCUGUGGAUCAAUGUGCAGCAGCACAGGUCAGGGGCCGAUCAGUUAGGGCCACACCGUCAACACUGCGGGGCCUCAACUUGAGAAGCCUCAACCUACAGACAUUACACCUUAAAGGAUCCGCUGAAACCACUGUUAAGAUUCUUUUACAGCGCAAACAUCCGAGAGCUUGUGUGUACAGUGGCAAGACCUAUUCCCAUGGUGAUGUGUGGCACCCUGUGCUGGGGAAAGUUUUGGAGUGCAUUCUGUGCACCUGCAGAGACAGCUUUCAAGAAUGCAGGCGCAUCACGUGUCCCACACAAUAUCCAUGCCAACAUCCUAUAAAGAUAGAGGGAAAAUGCUGCAAGAUCUGUCCAGAGCUAAAAGCAGAGAGGAACAGAUCUGAGUGCCACCUCGGUCAAGAAAAAAACAGUCUGCUGGUAUAUAAAGUUGAGUCCUCGUCCGGUUCUCAGUCAGAGGAAGUGCGCAUGAUUGCUAUCGAGAGACAAGGGUCCACAGAGGUAGAGGUGCAGGUCUGGAAAACCGUUGAAGGUGUUUUGCAUCUAAUGGAGACAGAUGAUAUUCAGAAAAAGGACCUCAUAGAGCAUCCAGAAAAUUACACCUUACUGACCACGAUGGAUGAAGACACCUGGAGAAAGUUCAAAGAAGUGGAGGACAAGCAUAAAGACUUGAGUGAGAUCAGGAGCUGCGAAGACGGGAUCAAGGAAGUGGUGAAAUACUUAAACCCCGAACAGCUGGACAGUCUUUGUGCUUCUUAGUCUCCACCCGGCUCUCUAACACUGUGCCAUCCUGACACCCGUUUUAUUACCAGAAGAGCAUACAUACCCACACACUCACAUAAUGUGCAUGUAGUACAAAACCAGAUGCUGGCAGCAGGUAGUCUAAAGAUCUCGUUUAUUACUAUGAGUCAGUUCAGCACAUGACUUUAUGAGUUUGACAUCCCAGAAUUCUUGCUUUUUUCUGAAACGGCUGAGGUCAGGCUUUUUGUGUUGCUGAAAAAUGCAUGUUUAUGAGGAAACGUGUGGGAAUACUUGUAAUUGCCUUUGUAGUAUUUGGAGAAGCGAAGGGUUGAUUCAAAGCAAUCCUUAGCAUUUAAAGGAACAGUGUAUGUUAUUGUUGCUGGUAUCCGCUGUAUGUACAUAAAAGGGAAAACAUAUGAUGAUUACGACAGCUUAUUGGCCGGAAUGCUUUUAUAAAGUUGACGUAUGGCCACAUUUCUUUCCAGUGUGUUUAGUUAUGUAACAGUCAUAUGAGUAUUAUGAAUACAAUAUUUAUUUAAACUAAAAGCAGCCAACUUCUUUAGUUUUGUAAAUGUUUGUUUGCCUUUCUUCUAUGCAGAUGCUGUAUGGGCAUGUAGUGUGAAUAUUGAUCUGGUUAUGUAAAACUCCCAUGCACUUCCAAUGUUUUAAACAUAUUGGAUGUCCUGAUGUAAAGACUAACCAGUAUGAAAUAUUAAAUGGUAUUAUUUGA